AUGAAUUCUAACAAAACAGAAUCUUCUAGCUCAAGACAAGAAGAAUUGGACAGCAAUUAUGAAAUCAUUAAUCAUUUCCAAGGUAAUUACAAAGAUCCUAAUAAUAGUAGUACUGAAUACUUGCCAAUUAAUAAUUUGUCUGACUUAUCAAGCUACGACUCAUACUCGACACAUUCAUCAACACCGACAGAUUCUAGUGGAUUGUUAUCAUCAUCGUUUAUAGGUCAUGACGAAGGAAAAACUUGGAUAGAUCAACAAGUAUAUGGAAAUCGUGAACAGAUCUCUCUUUCAUCAUUUCAUGUUGCAUAUCUCGGUGAGAGUGUAGAUAAACAUUGUAAAGACAAUAUUUUCUCAAAACUAUCAGAAAAACGUCAUAUCCUAUAUCCACAAGGAAAUGAUUAUCACAUCGAUACUAAAGUCUCACUAUGCGUACUUGACCUUACCAACAAACCUUUAUCAGAUGCCAAAGAUAAUUUACUCAAAAAUUAUUUAAAGGUCAAAUCUGGCGAUGGCAAUGACCGGAAACGAAAGAUGAAAUCUACUACUACUUGUAAGAGAAUUAAUCGUCGUUGGAUUGAUCUAUGUGUAAUCUUUUUACCAUCAAAGUUUUCAAAAAUACCUUCUGUACAUAUUCCAAUUAUGCUAGAGCUACACAAAUAUGUGACUUUAUUUCCCGUUAUCUGUUCAGUCGAUCCAGAAACUGGUCUAGAGUGUGUAGUGGAAGGAAAUCGUAAAAAACUAUUGAAAUAUUUUCUAUAUAAAAAAAUCGGACUCUUUAUAUGGAAUGAUGAUAUUGUGAAUGAUGAAGAUUUAGCCAGUGACGUUUCUACAACACAAGUAAUGCUUGACAAAGAGUUCUCAAAAUUGGAUGAUGAAUGUGUUUAUUAUAAUAUGCAAAUCCUAAGAUCUCAGGCAAUCAAAUUAAAACAAAAGUACCAAUCAAAAAAUGACUCGGCGAAUCGUGAGGGUUUCCUUAAAACAAAAGAAAAGUUUAUUAUUAAAGCAACUGUAGUUAUGUUUAUAGCUUAUUUUACACUUUUUAUUUUGACAAGUCUUUCUCAGUUGAACUUUGAAUCGGACAACAAUAGUAUUGAGAACAAUGAUACUUCUGUUGAUAAAUUAUAUGAUUUGGUUUUUGGUAAACAAUAUUUUGGUCAUAAUCAUAAUAAUAAUCAUGUUUCUUAUAGAGGAUCUUCAGAAUAUGUUGAAGUUUGGCAAAUGUCAAAUAAUAGAUUUUUAUUUGAUAUUAUAAAUGCAAAUUAUGCUAAUUACGAAGGAUUUGAGGUUAUUUUGCAUUAUGGUAAUGAGACAUCGAUCAAGAAAAAUGUCUAUAUGAUUGAUGAGAAUCAAUAUUACUUCGACCUUGAUUAUAAGGAAAUUGUUGGGAUUAAUGAAGAUUUAUUGAUUGAAAUCAUCGAUAAAAAUGGUACCAUCAUGAAGGCAUUCAGUUAUUUUCCAAUAAAUAUAGCUCACGAAGAAGAGAAAGAAGUGUUCACAACCAAUGAUAAUUAUGAAGAUUAUGGCGAAUUUUUGAAAAAUGAAUAUUUUGGAUUUAUUGACAAAGAUGGUAGUGACAGUCUUGCUAUUGAUACAAUUUAUAAACGAAUGAAUCAGGUCGUGAAUCGAGCAGUUGAGGAAUAUCACGUAGUGGCGAAACAUGUUAAAGAAAUUGUUAACAAGAUUGCUGAGGUAUCUCAAGAAACUUUUAAUUAUGUUUUUGAAGCAAUUUCUCACUGGUUACCAAUCAUUUAUGAAAAUGUUAAAAGUUUUGUGGAGGUGGAUGAGAAAAUAGAUGACGAUAAAGCAAUCAUUCAUGAAAAUUAG